AUGGAAUCUGAACAAGCAAUGGCAGCUACUGUCUCAACCCAAUUGACCACUUUCAAGUACUCGAACCGGGUUCUCUUGAAAACCAUAUUGGAGAGAAGGGAUGGUGACCUAGAAUUGGCUGGUGAGAGAGUUGUGGUUGGAGGGUGGGUGAAAUCCUCCAAGGAGGUCAGGAAAGAGCCUGUGCCCCUUAUAGUUGGUGAUCAUGGGCCGGAUGAACCUGAACCCAGAUCAGAUGUCAGCUGUGUCGAAAUUCUUCAGUCUCGGAUACCAUUUUUAAGAGCAAUUGUGAAGGUCUUGGCAGGAAGCGUCGGCCAUUACCCUCUUCGCGAAAAGCUGGAGGCUGGGGUUCAUAAGCCCCCUCCUCCUUCCACUGUCUUCUUGAAAGUCAGUGAUGGUUCUUGUGUUGCAACUCUUCAGGUGGUUGUUGAAUCCUCACUAACUCCACCAUGCCAGCUCUUGCAUACUGGAACUUGUAUCAUAGUGGAAGGUUUGCUCCAGCAGUCUUUGGUGGCAACUGUUAUGCGAAUCCGCAAUGCACUGGAUUUCGCAGCUCAGACAUUUUGUCAAAACCAUGGUUUCCUUAGUGUGCAAGUACCGAUUCUAACGACCACAGACUGUAAAGGAUUCGGUGAAAAGUUCCAGGUUACUAGUCUUUUUGGCAAAGCAGGUGAAAAGGAGGAGCCUCAUCAUAAGGCCAUUGCUGAACUUGAAGGUGUUAGUCUAGAUGUUAUUAAGGCUGCUGUGAAGGAGAAAAGUAACUUGGUAGAGGAACUGAAGAGGACUGAUAGCAAUAAGGAAGCAUGGAUGCUGCACCCAACUUAUCUAACCGGUUCUGGUCGAAUGCAUCUGGAGAGCUAUGCUUGUGCCCUUGGAAAUGUUUACUCCUUUGGUCCCAGAUUUCAAGCAGAUAAAGAGGAGUCCCCGAAACAUGCUGCAGAGAUGUGGAUGUUUGAAGUUGAAUUGGCAUUUUCACAAUUAGAGGAUGCAAUCAAUUGUGCAGAUGACUUUCUCAAGUUCCUCUGCAAAUGGGUAUUAGAAAACUGUCCUGAAGAUAUGAAAUUUGUUUCUCAACGAAUCGACAAAACCAGAGCUGAUCGUCUUCAUUCGGUGAUUUCAAGUUCCUUUGAAAGAAUUUCCUACACUGAAGCAUUAGAUGCUAUAAAGAAGGUUACAGAGAAGAAAAUUGAUACAAAAAUAGAGUGGGGUGCUGCAUUAACAGAAGCAGAUCUGAGUUAUUUGGCUGAUGAGAUCUACAAGAAGCCUGUAAUCAUAUACAAUUAUCCAAAAGAAGCCAAGCCAUUUUAUGUAAGGCUGAAUGAUGAUGGAAAGACAGUUGCAGCAUUUGACAUCGUUGUGCCGAAGGCUGGAAAGUUGAUUUCUGGUAGCCAAAAUGAGGAGCGCAUCACUAUUCUAACUACAAGUGUUAAGGAAUUAGGCUUAGCAAGAGAGCAGUACGAAUGGUACUUGGAUCUUCGCCGGCAUGGAACUGUUAAGCACUCUGGAUUCAGUCUUGAGUUUGAUCUUAUGGUUCUGUUUUCCACUGGCCUGACUGAUGUAAGAGAUGUUAUCCCCUUCCCCAGAAGCUAUGGCAAAGCCAACUACUAG